GCGUGGUAGCCCCGCUCCCUCGCCCAGCAGGCUGGCUUAGGUAGAAAAAGGAGCCAUCAUGUCCCACGGAGGAGCAGCAGCACGUGAAGCCACCAAGCCCCAGGACCGAGGCUGGGCCUGGAUGGUCCUGCUCGCUGCAGUGCUGCUGCAGGGGCUAACGCUGGGCUUCCCCUCCUGCAUUGGAGUCUUCUUCACGGACCUCCAGCACGAAUUCCAGGCCACGAACAGCGAGACAUCAUGGUUCCCCUCCAUCAUGGUGGCCGUGUUGCACGCUGGCGGGCCCCUCUGCAGCCUCUUGGUUAAGCGAUUUGGCUGCAGGUUUGCUGUGAUGCUGGGAGGCCUGCUCAGUGGAGUGGGCAUGGUGUCCAGCUCCUUCUGCAAGUCCCUCAGCCAGCUUUACGUAACAGCUGGCUUCAUCACUGGUCUGGGAUCAUGUUUCAGCUUCCAGGCAGGAGUGACUGCAUUGGGCUACUACUUUGUACGGUGGCGAACCUUGGCUAAUGCCAUGGCAUCCACGGGUGUCUCCCUCGGUUUGACACUGUGGCCACUGCUUUCUCAGUACUUGCUGGAUGAGAUGGGCUGGAGAAACACUUUUCUCAUCUUUGGAGGAAUACUAUUGAACUGUUGCGUUUGUGGAGCCAUUAUGAGACCAGUUCAGCUUACAUCACGAUCAUUACUACAGACAGACAGACCUGGAGAGGAGCCAGGGAGAGAAGCAGAAGAGGCACAGCUGGCCAACGGAAGAUCUUCUCCCCACCCAGAGAUUCAGCAGCAAGCCAGGAGGACUGCAUGCUUCCAGGUGUUGCAGAAGUACCUGGCUUUUGACAUUUUCUGCCAAAACAAAGGUUACCAGAUUUAUACUAUUGGAGUGACCUGGAUGAUGAUGGGUUUUGUAUUACCUCACAUCUACCUCGUGCCUUACGCCAUCCACAGUGGGGUGGAAGAACGCAGGGCAGCUCUCCUCAUCUCCAUUAUCGGGUUUAUCAACAUCUUCAUACGCCCUUUGACAGGGCUGCUCUCAGGCCUCAGUGUCUUCACAGGGAGACGAAUCUACCUGUUCAACCUGGCUGUAAUCCUCUGUGGGCUAAGCAAUUUCAUCUGUGUCAUUUCAGCCAAGUUCAGUGCACUCAUCAUCUACUGCAUCAUCCUCAGCAUAGCCAUGAGUGGCAUCGGGGCACUCACUUUCCAGGUGCUGAUGGACGUAGUGGAGAUGGACAGGUUCUCAAGUGCCUUAGGGCUCUUCACCGUCCUGGAGAGUAUCACUCUCCUCAUUGGACCUCCUCUCACAGGUCUCCUGGUGGACCUAACUAGCAAUUUCCACUGUGUCUUCUAUACCUCCAGUUUUUUCCUGCUAUCAGCUGCAUUAUUCAUGGUGCUCAGCUUCUGUGCUCUGGAAAGAAAAAGCAAAUUGAAAGAGGCCUCAAAAGUACCUUUGGAUAAUCCCUCCAGACGUCAAUACAACGAAAUAAUAACUGAACCACAGUCUGAAAGACAAUCCCCUCCUGCAGUGAUCUACAUCACAAGCAUAUGAAAAGAGGGUGAAAAAAAAGAGAGAGAGACUCAAACAAUUAUGUGGCCAGUACAAAGCUACACAACGCCCAACACUGACAGUACAUGAGAAAAGUGACUGCUUUCCAAAAUUACCAUCUCGCUUCUGUCCUACGCUUCCACUCAAUGGGGCCGUAUCGAACUCCAUGUGAGCAAUCCAGUUCAGUAGCUGAGCCGAAAACCAAGCAUCAGCCAAAGGACAUACAGAACUACACAUGCCUAAAGCAAACCAUGGGAUAACAGCCAUGGGAGCCGGUUCUGAGAGACAAAGCUACGUUGAAUCAAUUCGUUUAAGUUAGUGUCUUUAAGAAGUCACUGAAAUUUCACAUACAUGUUUCAGUUGCUAACACUGGAAAAUAUGUAUUAAUGGCUAUGCUCAAGGUUGAUUUUUUUUUCACAAAGAGGUAUUACUCGGUCCUAGAAAAGUUAAACAUAAUCAGUAGACUUGCCUAGUCUGAACAUGCCAUUUUGGUGCAGAUUCAUAUGAGGUUUCCUAGUUGCUUUCCAUAUAAGGCAGGGGUAGGAAGAGACAAACAUUUCCCACAGGAAGUGUGCUAUUAUUUCCUGUAUCUCUAAAUAUUACAUGGAGGUUGCUGUAUCAAUUGCAAAACUUGGGCAAGCCUCUAGCAAGAUCAAAUAUUCUUUCUUACAAUGUAUGCAUGAUUUUUUCAUUUCAUGGACAUUUACAAGGACCCAAAGGUUCAACUCCAAAGCAUCAAAAACAAAAAAAACUCCAAGUCUUAGAGUGCCUGUAUUUUAUAACUAGCAGUAUCUCAAAUAUCCUGAUGUGUCACAAAAUGGUAUUCAUGAUUCACAGCUUCUGUAAAUACACUUUGUUC